AUGGAAACCACUUUGGCAGUGAUGGAUUCUUCUGAUAUUCAAAGGAAAAACAUAGCUGUCAUUGGUGGUGGCUUGGUGGGAUCAUUAAAUGCAUGCUUCCUUGCCAAGAGGAAUUUCCAAGUUAAUGUAUAUGAAGCUAGAGAAGAUAUCCGAGUGACUAAAUUUGCACGUGGAAGAAGCAUUAAUUUGGCCCUUUCUUAUAGAGGACGACAAGCCUUGAAAUCCAUUGGCCUGGAAGAUCAGAUUGUAUCCCAAGGUAUCCCCAUGAGAGCAAGAAUGAUUCACUCUCUUUCAGGAAAAAAGUCUGCAAUUCCCUAUGGGACAAAGUCACAGUAUAUUCUUUCUAUAAGCAGAGAAAAUCUAAACAAGGAUCUAUUGACUGCUGUUGAGAAAUAUCCCAAUGCAAAGGUGCACUUUGGCCACAGGCUGUUGAAAUGUAAUCCUGAGGAAGGAACGAUCACAGUGCUUGGACAUGAGAACGUUGCCAAAGAUGUCACCUGUGACCUCAUUGUAGGAUGUGAUGGAGCCUAUUCCACUGUCAGAACUCACCUCAUGAAGAAACCCCGCUUUGAUUACAGUCAACAAUACAUUCCUCAUGGGUUCAUGGAAUUGACUAUUCCACCUAAGAAUGGGGAUUAUGCCAUGGAACCUAAUUAUCUACAUAUUUGGCCUAGAGAUACCUUUAUGAUGAUUGCACUUCCUAACAUGAACAAAUCUUUCACGUGUACUUUGUUCAUGCCCUUUGAAGAGUUUGAGAAACUGCAAACUAGUAGUGAUGUGCUGAAUUUCUUCCAGAAGUACUUUCCGGAUUCUAUCCCUCUAAUUGGAAAGCAAACCCUGGCACAAGAUUUCUUUCUGUUGCCCGCCCAGCCCAUGAUAUCUGUUAAGUGCUCUUCUUUUCACUUUAAAUCACACUGUGUGUUGAUGGGAGAUGCAGCUCAUGCCAUAGUGCCCUUUUUUGGGCAGGGAAUGAAUGCGGGAUUUGAAGACUGCUUGGUAUUUGAUGAAUUAAUGGAUAAAUUCAAUAACGACCUUAGUAUGUGCCUUCCUGAAUUCUCAAGAUUAAGAAUUCCAGAUGACCAUGCAAUUUCAGACCUAUCCAUGUACAAUUACAUAGAGAUGCGAGCACACGUCAACUCAAGGUGGUUCCUCUUCCAAAAGAACAUAGAGAGAUUUCUUCAUGCUAUUAUGCCAUCUACCUUUAUCCCUCUUUACACCAUGGUCACCUUUUCCAGAAUAAGAUACCAUGAGGCAGUGCUGCGCUGGCAUUGGCAAAAAAAGGUGAUAAACAAAGGACUCUUUUUCUUUGGAACACUGAUAGCUGUCAGUGGUACUUACCUACUUAUGCGUUCCAAGUCACUGAGACCCCUGGACUACUUGAGAAGACCAUGGGACUGGGUCACUUACUUCCAGAAUACAGCAUGUCUCCCUGUAAACUCCCUGGAGUCACUAGAACAAAUUCCCAAUGUCAUUAGAAAGUGA